GUGGUCAGUGUGCAAAAUUGAUGACUACACUUUCUUUGUUAAAAGGACAUUGUCUAGCGCUUGCUUAUGAAGUCUAAUCCAAUCAUAAAUUGCUUCUUCGAACCAAUCAGCAGGCACUGAAUUUCCCGUGAAAGAAACUCACGUCGAGAACUUUGUUGAACUUCAUUGUUUGACUGUCAGUUUCGAAAAGGCUUUGCUAACGGUCCACUAUAAAACGCUUCUUCUAAAUGGAAUGGUCAGAAGAGAACUGUGAGUCUUUCAACUUGGAUCCUAUAGGCCACGGAAACUCAUUCAGUGAGAAAGGGCUCUUUACAAUUACUUUUCCUUAUCCACCCAAAAGGAGCAAUGAUGUUCCCUAGUGUACUUGCGGCUUCCGAUAUGUACCCCAGACUACUUCGACCGCCGGCGGCUCACUCUCUGCCCCAGUCCUUGCAUUCAGCGUUCGCCGCCCACUCAAGCUUUUUGGUGGAGGACCUGUUGCGGAUCAGCCGGCCAGUGAGCUACUUGCACCGGACGAUUCCGUUACCCAGCGUGUCUCCUCCGGGAUCAGGAGCCACCACGCUGACCUGCAGUCACCACACUGACCAAGCUGUCAUCACCACUUCAGCACAGACAAGAACGGGCUCUCCUCAGAACCCACUCUCCAUCAACAACGACCCUAACUAUCUGAAGUUUGGAGUUAAUGCCAUCCUAGCACCAGAAACGAGAAACGCAUCGUGUACACCUUCAAUGCAUCAUGCCAUGCACGGGAAAACCUUCCCCCUGCCAUAUUUUGACGGAUCGUUUCACCCCUUCCUCAGAGCAUCCUAUUUUCCAGCAUCGUCUUCAGUGGUUCCUAUCCCUGGUACCUUUUCAUGGCCGCUGGCUGCAAGAGGAAAGCCCAGGAGAGGGAUGCUCCGACGGGCAGUGUUCUCUGAUGUCCAGCGCAAAGCCCUGGAGAAAAUGUUUCAGAAACAGAAAUACAUCAGCAAACCAGACAGAAAGAAGCUGGCUGCAAAACUUGGGCUAAAAGACUCACAGGUGAAAAUAUGGUUCCAAAACCGAAGAAUGAAAUGGCGCAAUUCCAAAGAGAGGGAGUUGUUGUCGUCCGGAGGUUGCCGGGAACAAACCCUUCCAACUAAAAUGAACCCCCACCCGGACCUCAGUGACGUCGGGAAGAAGUCCUGUGAGGAGGAGGUGGAUGCGUUCAGGCGGGACAGCCCGCGCUCAGCCUUCUGCCGCUCGCCAUCAGAGCGCGAACUUUUGAACAGUGUGGAGUCGCACCUCUCUUCGCCUUGCAACUCCAGCAAGCACUCCGACUUCUCAGAAUCAGAGAAUGAAGAGAUUACAGUGUCUUAG